AUGAUUGAAGAAGGAAAGCUGCAGCAAUACGUAAAGAAUAGUCCGGCACAAGUCAACACACUGGAAAACACUCUAGAUUUACGAGAGAUUAGAGUGAGCCACGCAAGAGUUAACACAACUUCGAGAAAGGCUCAGGAAAAUGCUACACGGUUGAAGUUACGUCAUAUUAACGAUUGGCGAGUAUCGAACAAGGUCGAUUAUGCUAGUCUGAUUGGUACAGAGACCUUGGAAGAGGGUAAGAAUGAGAUUUCUUUUUCGAACGCUGAUCUUUCUGGAGUAUAUCAACCACAUAAUGAUGCAAUCGUGAUUCUAGCUCUCAAUGGGAUGUAUAAGGUACGUCGAGUUCUGGUUGAUACUGGAAGUUCAAUUAGCGUCAUAUUCUCGGGAGCAUACUCUUCAAUGAAUUUGACCGAGAGGCAAGUUGAAGCAUAUGAUAACCCUAUCAUUGGAUUCAGUGGGGAAACGAUGACAGCAAUAGGAAGGAUUAAUCUGCCUACGAUGGUGGGAGGAAGGACGGUUAUGCAAUAUUUCUCGUUGCUAGAUUGUCGUGCACCCUACAACGCUAUCUUAGGGCGUGAUUGGAUUCAUGCAAUGGAGGCGGUAACUUCCACUGUCCACCAGUGCUUGAAGUUCAUUACUCCAGCAGGGGUGAUGAAGUGCUUCCCGACCUCUUAUCAAGGAAGAGGAAAGGAAGGACCACCAACUAUUGAGGAGUUGGUGGAAGUACAAAUUGGGGAUCAGAAGGAGCAGACAACGUUUAUCGAAGCAGAAUUGUCGUUAGGCGAAAGUGAAAGCUUGAUCACCCUACUGAAAAAUAAUAAAGAUGUCUUCGCUUGGAGUCUCAGGGACAUGCCAGGUAUUGACCCCGACAUCGCAUGCCAUCGGUUGAAUAUCAGUGAAGGAUUUAAACCAGUGAGGCAGAAGCCACGAAAAAUGGCUCCGGAACGGAAGGCAAAGGUUGCUGAGGAGAUUGACAGGAUGUUAGAAGCAAGAAUAAUAAGACCUUUCAAGUAUCCAGAAUGGUUAGCAAAUAUUGUAGCAGUUCCGAAGAAAAAUGGGAAAAUUCGGGUAUGUAUUGAUUUUACAAAUUUGAAUGAAGCAUGA